GCGGCGUAUUCAAGCAGUGAUCCAUGAAUGGCGACACGCCCCGUGCUUCUCACAAAUAAAUACAUUCAACGGUUUCCUCUCCACCAACGCUCGAUUUUGCUCAGUCCAGUCAUCGAGCGCGGUCUCUUCUUUCAAGCCUGACGUACACCCAAUCCCACUGCAAGUUGCGAGCUCCACAACAAGAUGUCUUCAAUUCGUUACACCCUCAUCAAAACAGCCACCAGCUACAUAGAAGGCUUCAACACCAAUUCCCCAGACGGAGUGAUAGCCGCUCGCACACCAGACUGCAAACAAAUCGUCCGCCCCUCUACCGUCCCAUCAUCAUGGUACACCUCGCCAUGGAGCAACAAGGAGUACCAGGACUUUAUCAUCCCCGGUUUCAAAAAGGUGCGGGACGUCAAGAUCAGCCUCGUUGAGGGGGAGGACAUGCUCGUCGACGACACAUUACGCCAGGUCUUGCUGCACCUCAAGUCAACCGGCGAGACAGACUAUGGCCCCUAUGCCAACGAGUAUAUGAUCGUGCUCAAGAUGACGGAUGACGGGUCCAAGAUCAAGGAGAUUGUCGAGUUCGUCGACAGUGCCACUACCCGGGACAUUGCCCAAGCUAUAGCGUCUGGGGCGGUACCCAAGCCGGAGUGAGGCUUGGUGUUGGGGGCGCAGGGAAGCUACCUAGGUACCAAAUAUGCUGGUGGGCAGCUCCGAGGAUAGCGUGUGCCGUCUAGUCAAUGCGAUACAUCAUGCUUCGUGGUUAAUUAUAAAAAGAAGAGGUAAAGGGGAGUAAGUAGUGCUAAGUGUGGUACUAUGUAGUGCUAUGCUAGUAUAGUAUAGUGCCAAUGCAGCAGCAGUAGCAGAAAA